UCCUCCUCCUCCUCCUCCUCCUCCUCCUCCCUUCUCACCCCGCCACCACCACCACCACCAUCACCACCACUUGAGGCCCCGGACGUCGGUGACUUUUUAAUGGCUUUUGUGUUCAGAAGAUGGAGGGUCUUACUGGUGCUGAACGUGCUUGCUGUUGCCGGGUUCAUGACUUUUUGGGCCAAGUGCAACACACGCAGCGUCCAAGCCGCCGGUCCGGAGGCUCCGGCUGACGGGAAGAGGCCCCGGGGUAACGGGACGGGGCAGGGGCCCAGCAUCAGCCAUGAGGUGCUGCUGAAGAGGCUGAGCUCGCUGGAGGACGUGGUGUACAGGCAGUUAAACGGUCUGUCCAAAUCUCUGGGCCUGAUUGAGGGCUUCGGGGGUCGGGGGAAAGGCGGCCUCCCUGCCACGCUGUCUCCAGCUGAGGAGAGCGAUGCUAAAUUCCUGAGGGAGAAGUACGGCUACAACGCCUACCUGAGUGACAGAAUCUCUCUGGAUCGGACCAUACCGGACCACCGGCCCAGCAAAUGCAGAAAGGUCAGCUACCCGAGGGACCUCCCCCAGAUCUCCCUCAUCUUCAUCUUCGUCAACGAGGCUCUGUCCGUGAUCCUGCGCUCAGUCCACUCAGCUGUCAAUCACACGCCGGCACACUUGCUCAAAGACAUCAUCUUGGUGGAUGACAACAGCGAUGACGAGCAGCUGAAGGGACCUCUGGAGGAGUAUGUCAACAAGCGCUACCCCGGCCUGGUGAAGAUCGUCAGGAACCAGAAGAGAGAGGGACUGAUCCGGGCCAGAAUCGAGGGCUGGAAGGUGGCCACUGCCGAGGUGACAGGAUUUUUUGACGCCCACGUGGAGUUCACACCAUCCUGGGCUGAGCCGGUUCUGGCCAGAAUAAAAGAGGACCACAAGAGGAUCAUUUUGCCCUCCAUCGACAACAUCAAGCACGACACGUUCGAGGUGGAGCGCUACGAGAACUCGGGCCAUGGCUACAACUGGGAGCUGUGGUGCAUGUACAUCAACCCGCCCAAACAGUGGUGGGACGAGGGCGACAUGUCCGCUCCCAUCAGGACUCCCGCCAUGAUUGGCUGCUCCUUCGUGGCCAACCGUGAUUACUUCGGGGAGCUCGGCCUGCUCGACUCUGGCAUGGACGUUUACGGAGGGGAGAACAUCGAACUGGGCAUCAGGGUGUGGCUGUGUGGAGGCAGUAUGGAGGUGCUGCCUUGUUCCAGGGUGGCUCACAUCGCGCGGAUUAAGAAACCCUACCACAGUAACAUAGCUUUCCACACACGGCGUAACGCUCUGCGCGUGGCUGAGGUCUGGAUGGAUGAGUACAAAUCCAAUGUCUACCUGGCCUGGAACAUCCCCAUGGAGAAUCACGGUAUUGAUUAUGGAGACGUCUCUCAGAGAGUUGCCCUGAGGAAGAGUCUGCAGUGUAAGAGCUUUGAGUGGUACCUCGACAAUGUUUACCCAGAGAUGAGGAGGUACAACAACACACUGUUCUAUGGAGAGAUUCGUAACUCUAAGGUGAGCCACCUGUGUAUGGAUCAGGGCAUGAAGGAGAACCACACGGCCACCCUGCAUCCGUGUCACGGAUGGGGUCCUCAGUUAGGACGUUACACCAAAGAGGGUCAGCUGUUCCUGGGCCCCCUGGGCAGCACCGGGGAGGACACUCGCUGCGUGGUGGACGAUCAGAUCAGCAGCUUUCCUCAGCUCCUUAACUGUGACAAAGUGACCAACGUGAAGCAGAAGACAUGGCAUUUCUCUCAGAACGAAUCCAUCAUUAACCGUGCCACGGGGCGCUGUCUGGAGGUGGUGCCGGCUAACGUUUACUUCGGUCACCUGCUGGUCCUGCAGCCCUGCUCCGGGCAGAGGUGGACCAUCAAGAACACCAUGAAGCAGUAGUGGAAUGGCCAAUUUCACUGGGACCAAUGACACCAGUGGCCAUUUGCAAGAGCUGCCGACUGAACCUACAGCUUGGCCGAGCCGCAGCUGGUGAGGCAGAGGCUCCCCGUCUUCUCAAGAAAAGACGGAGAAGGUUUAAAAGAGAUACGAGCUGUGAGCAUCUCAGUGAUACAAGUUUUUUUUUUUUUUUUACAAACUGAACAUUGAAAAUGAUGCAAGUUUCGCAUGAGGACUAUUUCUCCAUCUGAAUUUUGACAAACUCUCCAUGUGAAGUUGCCAUAACUCCUGUACGUGCCACUUCUCUGCCAUGUUGUUUAAGGAUGGAGAAUUGAUCAGCCACAACUGUGUU